AUGUCUUCGACGACAGACAUCGGAGGCCUUACUAUCGGCUACACGGCCAUAGCGGCGAUAUGGAUCACGCCGUUAUCCAUUCUCUGGUUCAUUACCUUUUGUCUUGUCCGGAGGAAGCAUGACCCCGCUCGGGUCGGCAUCAUUUGGUUGAAAGUGCUGUAUCCCAUCUGGAUUUUAGCACUCCUCUUUUACCUUGUGACUGGUGGCUUGUCGCUAUGGAGCUGGUACGGCGACAGCUACUAUUACAGCUCGAGCAGUGAAAGGGCCAUCAACGAGGCCUCGAACUACAUUGGCACUACUGGCUACUUUUUCAACAACAUAGCCAACAUCUUGCUCCCCAUUACUUUUGUCGAGCUCAUCGGUGGCUUCUUCUUAUGUUGGAAGGGGCCCGCUGAACCCAACCCGAUCAAGAAGUUCAGUCGCCUUGCCAUCCUGGCCUGGUCUGGGUUGUUGCUCGCCCUUACCAUUGCCCUGUUUGGCGUCCAAUUGUCGUUCAACGUCAAGUACACGCACGUGAGCUCGUCAAGCUUCAGCAGCUUCUACAGCGAGGAGACGAAGUUGGUUCAAUUAGAUGGCGCCGUCACCAUCCUCUUUUGGCUCACCACGCUCCCGCUGGUUGGGCUUGCUGCAUUCCUCGUCCAUAAGAUGAAGAACCUUCCCUUCCUCCGUGGGGUACGUCUUCCUUGCACCUACCUCCCCGUGAUGUGGCCCGGUUCCUUCCUCGUCCUCGCCUGCACCAUCCUCAACUUUAUCCGACACACGAUUGUCAUGGCCGUCUUCGUGCACGGGACCCUCGGGAAUAUUCCGCUCGCUGUCAGAAUUGGAUCUCUCAACUCGCGGGCCGUCUCCUUGGUUGUCGACCCUUUCUUCAACGACAUGCUCAUGUUCGUAAUCCUGGUCAUUCUCUUCGCCCUCGGUCUCCGCAAGCGCAAGGGACUCUGGCUGCAGCCGCCGCAAGAGUUUGCCUACCCGGCCGUCGCCUAUGUUCCCGCGACUCUGUACGCACCGGGCCAAGUCCCGCCGGGUCAGCAGCAGCCGUACCCGGCACAGUACCAGCAACAGCCUCCUCAGAUGCAGCAGCAGCAGAACCUCCCAGCGUAUCUGCAGGUCGCCCAGCAGCAGCAACAGCAGCAACAGCAGCAACAGCAGCAUCCCCAACAACAACAAUACCAGCAGCCCCAACAACCUCAGCAGGGCUCCGCUCCUCAAGACCAACACUACUACCCGCCCCAGGGUCAGGAACACCAGCAGCCGCAGCAGCAGCCGCAGCAGCAGCAGGUACCUGAACUCCAGCAGCAUGCCCCGGAGCAGCAGCAGCCGCCGGUUACCAGCGCGUAA